CUGAUUUCGAUUGUUCAUUCGUGAUUCGGUAUUAAAAAUCUUUAAAAGUAUUGUUCCUCAGAGAUUUGUGGCUUAAAAUUAAGACAUGAAAUAUUUAUCUGAUAAUUAUUUUAGUUUAAAACAAUGCGUUAAGCUCAAUAAUAUAUUUUACGAAAAAUUAUAUCGAUGAAAAAUGUUUACAUCCGGUGUGAAGUUAGUACCAGAAACAUAAGAAAGUGUCCAUUUUCAUUUAUUUUCUGUCAUCAUUUUUACCAAGUCAACGUGCUCGUGUUUGAUCAAUUUAUCAUUUUAUUUUACGUUAAUUUCCUAUUGAUUGUGAAAGUGGUUAAAGACUAUCCUUCUCCGUGUCCCGGAGGAGUUACACGCGGUUCUUUUUACUACUACAGUGGAAGGUCGCAGCGGCCGGCUAGCGUGGAGGUCCUGCGGAGCCCCCAGUGAGAGUUCGGUUCAGCUUUUCAUCGCGUUGGUAAUCUCCCGUCCACAGGGGCGUUACCAUUUUAUAUGACUUUAGCAAGAAAUUCUGAGACAUCAGUACAGUGCGGAGAGGUGUGCCGGCAAACCUGUCGGGAGUGCAUGACGGGCACCAGCACGCGACACGCGCGCCGCUCCCACCGCAGAACAUCAAAAUAUUGCAGCAAUAGGCACCGCAAGCUGCUGCCGCUGAGGCCCACGUGACUGGUCGGCCGCCGGGCGCCGAGCCCAUGCCGCGCCCCGCGCCCCCUCGCCACAUCACUACUGUACAGAUCCAGUGAGCCAACCACCGCUCCCCCCACUCCCUUGUAAGCCCGUCCUCCCACACACCACCACAAUGGGGUCCGUGAACGUGAACCGCAACGUGGCCGACGCGUUCUACCGCUACAAGAUGCCCCGCAUCUGCGCCAAGGUGGAGGGCAAGGGCAACGGCAUCAAGACCGUCAUUGUCAACAUGCUCGAGGUGGCUAAAGCGCUGGGACGCCCCGCUACUUACCCGACGAAGUACUUCGGGUGCGAGCUGGGCGCGCAGACGCAGUUUGACUUCAAGAACGAGCGCUUCAUCGUGAACGGCAGCCACGACCCCGCCAAGCUACAGGACUUGCUCGAUGGCUUCAUCCGCAAGUUCGUCCUCUGCCCGGAGUGCGACAACCCAGAGACCGAGCUCAUCGUGUCUACUAAACGCAACACCAUCUCACAGGGCUGCAAGGCGUGCGGCUACCACGGGCUGCUGGACUUCAGCCACAAGCUCAACACCUUCAUACUGAAGAACCCGCCGCAGGCCGACCCGCACACGCAGGGUUCGUCUCUGACGGAGGGCAACCGCGGAAAGCGCUCCAAGCGCUCCGGGCCCGGCUCCAACGGACACGACGGCUCCGAGGACGGCAAGGAGGGCGAAGCUCCAGUGACUCCGACGACCCCCAACCCGAAGAGCCGCAAGGAGAAGAAGCACGACGACGACGAUGACGACGGCACGUGGACCGUGGACGUCAGCGAGGAGGCCGUGCGCGCGCGCAUGCAGGAUCUAACCGAAGGCGCGAAAUGCAUGACCCUCUCAUCGGACACGGCGGACAAGAACGAGAAGCAGCGCAUGGACCUGUUCUACGCGUUCCUCAAGCAGCGAGCCGCCGCCGGCGACGUGGCCGGCACCCGCGCCGCGCAGGAGAUACUGCACGAGGCCGAGAGACUGGAAGUAAAAUCCAAGGCGCCGCUCGUCCUAUUCGAGAUCCUGGUGCGCCCUUUAGCCAUCGCGGCGGACGUGCGCAAGCACCGCGCCCUGUUACUGCGCUUCACGCACGGCGACGCGCGCGCGCAGCGGGCCGCCCUGUGUGCGCUGGAUCUGAUGUGUGCCGAGCAGCCGAGCUUGAUGGCCAAGGUGCCGGCGCUGUUGAAGCUCCUCUACGACGCGGACAUCGUUGAAGAGAAGUCCAUCCUGGAAUGGGCGGCGAAACCCUCGAAGAAGUACGCUCGCAAGGAGGUCGCGGCCGAGGUGCGCGCCGCCGCCCAGCCCUUCCUGGACUGGCUUCAGCAGGCGGAAGAAGAUGAUAGUGAUGAGGAGGAUGAGGAGGAUAUCGAGAUCGAGUACGACGACCGCGCCAAGGCGACGCCGAUCAAGGCGGUGGCGGCGCCGGCCGCGAAAAAGGACGCAGACGAAGAGGAGAACGACGUCGACAUCGACGCCAUCUAGACGUCGACGUCGCCUUGUUGACGUCGACGUCGACUUGCGGACGAGACGUCAGUCGUCUACGGAUAGCGCGCGGGUUGAAUGCUGUCUUGGCUUGAGAGUAAAUAGCAUUGGUAGCUCCUCCGCAUGCCUAAUGUUAAACUCUAAUCAGACAAGUGUUAUCGUAAGGGCAUAUGCGAGUAGCUACUAGUAUGCGAGAUAUCUCACAAAGAUAAGAAUAGAGCUUUUGUGUCAUCAUGAUCCCAGGGCUGGACUAAGGCCUUUUCAAAGAAAUAUCACGACAUGGUCAUCUAACAACUACCGUCUAGUUUCCUGCUCUCUAAUGCUCUAUUUACUAACACACACCUUGCAUGCCUAAGCUCUGCAUUCAACUCGUGCGAAGUCGCGAUUAAAAAUAUCUGGAGUCCCAAUAAUAUACUUAGCCCAAAUUGAUAGUCUGUGUGACCCAGCCGCCCUUCCUGUGCCGAAACUAAACAUCUCUAGUGCACUGUACACUAAACACAACGGUAGUAACAAAUAUCGUUGUAAAAUGUGCGGUCUACUACAGAUGUUUACUGAUACAUACAAAAUUCUUCUACGUGUCAUGUAUACAUGAAUAGUGUAGUUGUGUACGUGUAUUGUCAAACCGAUUUAGAUGUAUAAUUACGUGCCCUUCUUGUAAAAUAUUACGAUAAAAUACAUAAUUAGGUAUCUCGGGAGAUAACUCAUCUAGAUAGCUGGUAUUUACAACAAUUACUCGUCUGGUAAACUAUAUUUGGAUCUGUAAGUUAGGUUAGAAUAUACUGCAAUGAGACACCGAAAACUGGGUGUAGAAGCUUGAUAAUACUAAUGUAGUUUUUCUUCAAAAUUUCGCUGGAACCCAAUCUAAAUAAUGUAAUUACAUAGCUAGUUAGUAUGGAAGGUAUAAGUAUAAGUUACCUUGAUAACGUAAAAUUAUGUGUAACUGGCCGCCUGGCUUUCGGGAAAUAUACUUGUUUAUAAACAUCUUUUCUUUGCAUUUGUAUAGAGUUUCCAUUUUGGUUUAUUUCUGCAUAUAUUAUGGCGAUCGGUCAACCUUGCAUGAUCCCUCUUUGCUGACAGAGGUCUAAACAGCUACAAUAUUGGAAGCUGGCUUGUUAUUACAACUUAAAUCUCAGCAAUCCUCAACUCGGUUCCUAUACACGUAGUUUCGUUUAAACCAUAUUUAUUUUAGGACGGCAUUUUUUUGAGUAACAGCACAUUAUGUCGAGUGAUCAUCGGAUCUCUAAAUGUAUUUGGAAACGGUAAGAGCUGGUCUUGUUUCUAGAUUAAAUGUAUUUUUUGCGUUUUUUAAAAACGGUCACAAAGAUGGUAACGUAACAGCAAUAAGAGGACUGCUCUAGUGUACGGUAAAUGAAGGCAAUACUGCGUUUGUAAUGAAUUCUUAUUUAAUAUAAUAUAUAAAAUACUAUAACUGUAAAUCUUAGACGUGCGUUGGACUGUAAAAAUCUCGCCUACUGAAACUGUGUUUUGGGGUGCGUUUUCAGCCAAUCCACGGGCUACUUUUAUCAUACUAUGUAUUUGUAUAUGUAAUUUAAGUUAGUUUAUUUGAUUCGGCCGCAGUGGCCGGUGUAAUAUAAAGCUUGGGGAUCCGCGGUGGUCAGUGCGGGGCUGGGUUCCGUCGCUACCCACGGCUGCUAUUUUCUCUACUCUAAUAUUGUAAUAGUUAUUUUAAAAUUGCCAUUUGACAAUUUUAUUAGAUUUGUUUUGUAUUCAAUAAAUUUGGAUUCUGAGAAA